GCGCCUCACCUCCGCCAUAGCCGUGCGCGCAAUGGCUGCGCGUUGUGUCUGAUGGUUGCGCUGAAGGGAAUCUCCUCAUUUAAUUGUUAUUUGUUGCGUUAGUAUUGUGAUUAUGUGUUAAAAAUGGCUACUGAGCGAACAAACACCUCUCGAUUAUUUGCUACGUCAGUCGUAGAAGGAAAACUUGAUAUAGAUGAGAAAUAUGACAAAGCCUACAUGAUGCUCAUGAACCUCACCCGGGGCCUGAGUGACAAGGAAGCUCAUGACAUCCUCAACAAGGCCAUUGAUGAUCCAAAACAACAUGAAGAUAUAUGCCUAGGAUUAAUGGUGGCCAUUUUGUCUGACCCAGCUCAGGCAAAUAGGGCAUUCCAAGACCUGAUGAUGGUGUGUCGGGACAGCCUGAAAGGCGUGUGCGACGCUCUCAUCAAUCACAUUGUGACAGAGCGCUUUCACAGACUCCUAGAAAACACUAAAAAGCAGGUGGUGUGGCUAGUGCGUCAGUUGGUCCGUGCUGGUGUGGCUCAGGUGGAAGGCGUUGUGUGGUGCCUUCUACGACAAAUGGCUGGUGGUGACGUCUCAGCACGAAACAUAUGGCUAGCUGAAAGCCUCUGUGAUAUGCUCAAGGAAAACAGAACAUGGCUAGAGCGGUACAGCGUGAUCAUAGCGAGCACCGUGUACAGCUUCCUGCGCAUAUUGGAGGACCAUCAGGCCCCUAACUUUGCCGCGUUAAGGCAGAAGGAAGUCUCGCUCGUCAUAACUCUUCUCAGAGAGAAAUUCCAGGACUGCCUAGUUAUUGGUCGUGAUUUGGUGCGUUUACUUCAAAAUGUUGCCAAAAUACCCGAAAUUGAGGCUUUAUGGCGUGACCUGCUGCACAAUCCUGGUUGCUUAGCACCAAACUUCCCUGGACUUAGCCAACUAAUGUCCACACGCACAUCUCGUCGAUUUUUUGUGGUGCGACUGACGCCUGAGAUGGAGCGCAUGAUCCACUACCUUUGUUCUGAAGUCAAAUUCGGGAUGCAGAAAAGAUAUCAAGAUUGGUUCCAGAGACAGUUCCUGAACACUCCCGAGUCUCAAAGCUUACGGUGCGACCUGAUAAGAUUCAUCAUUGGUGUCAUCCACCCCAGCAAUGAAGUGCUCUGCUCUGACAUCACUCCUCGCUGGGCGGUGAUUGGUUGGCUGCUGUCAUCGUGCACUUCGGCUACGGCCACUGCCAAUUGCAAACUUGCCUUGUUUUAUGAUUGGCUUUUCUUCUCCGGUGAAAAUGACAAUAUCAUGAACAUUGAACCUGGGAUCCUUGUGAUGUACCACUCACUCAAACCACAUCCCAUGCUCACCACGACGCUCUUAGACUUCCUGUGCAGGAUCAUACCACACUUCCAGCCUGCCAUGGCAGCUCAAGUGCGGACUGGCGUUGUAACGUCUCUGCGACACAUUCUUGAGAAGCGUGUCAUUCCCAACAUUGAACCUCUCUUUGAUAACCCACGAAUGGAUCCCGAAUUGAGGAGGCUGGUGCGAGAGACAUUCCCCGAAUUUUGUUCGAAUAAUUUGAGUGCUGGAGAGGAAUUUCAUGCCGGAGCGCCUGUGCCCCUGCGAAGUUUAGACCUUAUGGCGGAGGCAGGAUUGGAUUUCAACAGUGGUGUUAGUGGAGCAAAUGCGGGGCCUGAUGUGGAACUCAACAAUCAUCACCCAAGUGUUGAAGAAGAUGCAAUGUUUAGUGAUGAGGAUGAGGAAAAUGGAAGUGUCACGCCUAUUAGCAAUAAUGUAGCCUUAACCAACACCCGGGUGACUUCUGCUUGUAAACCUCUAUCAAACAAAUUAUCCAAAAACAAUACCGAUCCCAUUAUCAACCACUUGCCUUCCGUAACCACUGCUGAUGCAGUCACUGGCUCCUUAACUUAUACCACGAGCACCCUGAGCGCAAUAUCUCAGCGACCGCUAACAUACAGUAAUAACAAAUCUUCUAGUUCACUUCUUAAUUCCACCACAUCUAGUAACUGUAACAACAUUAGCAGUAAUAAUAAUCACGCAAAUUUUAAAAGCAAUAGUGCCCAAUUAAAUAGCAUAAUUUCUGUUUGUAGUGGAAGUGCGGUUAGUGACGAUGUUGUGGAGGUUAUGGCAGAAGAUGGUGUUUGUAUAAAUGGAAAUGUGAUGCUCCUGAAUGGAGGAAGAACUAAUAAGUGCAGUGCCCUAACAGAUGCGCAAUCACAAGAACUGAAUGGGCAUCUUAAUACUUUCGAGACUGACAUGAAAGACUUCCUACUCGAUCUCAAACUAGAGAAAGACCAAGCCCGAAGGUGCGAGCUGCUACAGAAAAUCUGUGAUCUCAUCUUUGCUGAAGAUUUAGAUGAAGAAGAGGCCGAGCAUCUGGCCGGAGCUCUGUCCCUCCUGCUCGCCUCUGACUACAACACUGAAACUUCACUGUUGCCUCAGCACAUUUCACAGGAAAGUUUGUGUGAAAGUUUAGAAGCGCCCAUCUUCGUAUUGUUCGAGAACUUGUUGAGUCUCAACGAGGACGACCACCGGCGGCAGUCUCUGCUGAUGCUGGUGUCGGCGCUGCAGCAGCUCAGACCCGCCACUGGCUACCGCCUCCUCUUUUACAUCACAGCGGCGGCCAAGACGCGCGCCACCGACUCCUCUGACCAAAUAUCAUUCCAGGUGUAUCGAGACCUGUGGAAAGCGUCAGGUCAGAAGGACCUGAGUGGCUUUAUUGUGCGGGACCUCACCGUUUGUUCUGAGGACGACCCACGUCUGCUGUGCUGGCUGCUUCCUCACCUCUACAACUUCUUCCCCAAGCACACGACCGGCAACGCUGAGCUCGUUCAUCUUGUACUGCAGAGACUUGAUGCGGCACAGCUUCAUGACCUCGUCUGUCUCGUACUGCAAGGCACACUCACAAUGUUCGAUAAUAGUUCCUUCACCAAUAUCUUGGACAAAUCUUUAUCAUGGGAGAGCGUGGAGCAGUUUUUCCUGUGGCAGUUGGCGCGUGCCCACGAGAUCCCCGUGGACUGCUGCCUGUCGGUGCUGCACAGACUGCGCUUCUCGUCGCACACGGACGCCGUGAGCACCGUGCAUCCUGAGGCGCUCGCCAACAUCCUUAUGAUGCUCAGAAGAGAAUCGCCGUCAGAAAGUCUGCUGAAGCAUUUACUACAACGUGAGUUGAGAACUGAAGAUCCGACCGUGGCUACCAUCUUGCAAUAUUGGGUCCAAAGAUACGAAGAUAAAAUGGCCAAGCUAAUCAACGACAUUGUUAAUAAUAAACCUCCAACCUCUCCUAAUAAAAGAAAAAGGAACCAGGGUGGAGGUAAACUCAAUAGUCACGUUACUCUAGACCAGUUAUUAUCUCACUUGAAUCAUCUAAGAAGAGAGUGCGACCAAACAAAAUUUUUUAAUUUAUCGACCAUGCAAGAUUCUUUACAAGCCGCGCAAAAUCUUUGCACUGAAAGUCAGAAGAAGAAAUACGGUGAUUUAUUUGCUUUGAUAACGGACAGUCCGGACGAGAAAUCUGGCAAAGAAGACAGUGGAAAUUCUUCUGCAUCCACGGCCAGAAAUAAACAGAGCAAUAGCAAGCGCGGAAGAAAACCCAAGCUCAGAAAAAAACCCGAGUCGGAAAGCGAGGAGGAAUCGAGUGAGGAAGAAGACGUUAAGAAACCUGCAAGAAAAAGAAAGAAGAAUAAUACAGUGUUUGCGUCGGACAGCGACUGAAGACGCAGCUGAAGUGCUGCAUCUGUGACAAAAUGUGAUAAGCUCUCUUUAAUGGAGCGACUAUUGUAUAAUGCUUGAACGCUCCUCGUGGCAACCCUUAGCUUGCCUUUAUUCCGACGAUAAUUUUUUGCUGUUGCUCCUCUGCUGGACUUGGAGUGAAAUUGUGUGCACGUGAAUGAGAGUGAUUUUAUUGUGGAUUUAUAGUAUGUUUUUGCGUGCCUGUAAUUUUUUUGUGAGUAACAAUUUCUUAGGAAUUUUAAAUAGUAUGUCUAUAAUUGCAGGAAUAUCAAAGUUUGAACGAGCAUAUAAUUUUCUGAUCUGAUACUGUGGCAGAUCCGAUGUUCAGGAAUUUGAUGGAUGUUGUGUACGACGUACGAUGAUCGAAUGACUGAAUGCCAGUUGAUGAUGAAGGCGUUGAAACGAAAGUGCGAAUUGUUGAAAUUUUGAACAUUAAUUGUGCAUACUAUUGGCAUAUAAUUUUCUUAAUAAUAAAAGAAACGAAAUGAUCAAUUGAGUCAUCCACUAAUUGACCUGUUUGCGGGGCGUUAUUGAGAGCGCAGCGUAAGCUCAAAACUACGGAAGGCGAAGUUGAGAGUGCAACAUAAUCUUGCUGAAAUACAAAUUCUUCAACGACACUUCACAUGUUGGAAAACUUUUAUGUUAAUGAAUCUGUUCUUGCUUAAUACCUUCCUAUUGAAUAAUUCAGCUUGUGAAACUUCUUUGAUCUAUUUUUUGUUGACAUUAUGAAAACAAUUUUGACUUUCAAUUCGUAAUAAUCCCACUGAUAGGUUAUUUUUAUAUCUGUUUUUAGUUCUCAAAUUUUGGCAAGAAUAUUACACGGAUAUCUGGGUAGGGGUACUAUAUAAGGAUGGUUAUUAUCUUUAUCGGUAUUUCCACAUAUUUUCCCUGGCAGUCUGUGUUGGUUUAAAUGUAUGCCUCUGGUCCCUGCUGCUGUUGACGUGGCACAGCCUUGUUUACUGUCAACAUUUCAACUUAUAAUUAAAUUACCGACAUGAAGGCAAUUUAUUUUAAAAUGUUCAGAAAUGAGACGAUUUUUUUUUCUGAACUGCUAGAAUUUAUAGUGUGUUUUUCUGUAUGCGGUGUAAUUUGUUUUCUAUCAUGUGCUAUGUUCGGACGGAGAUGGCAUUACUGCUAAUGUAUCACUCUCAUAAUUUUUUUUUUCAUAAAUCCUGAUCGUUGUUCAAAUAUUCUUUAUGGCGCUGUUGGAAUUAUUCUGCUGUGCAGUGUUGAAUUAAGGCCGGCAUGUGGCCGGGUUCUAGUCUUCUUAUUUUAUGAAGCUCCUCUGACGUAACGAAAACAGUGAUCAAACGUUUAUUUUUUUGACGGUUAUGUAAGAUAUUUCUUUGCUAUAUGCACACACGUGAAUUGUUAUUCUCCUAGUAAUGAUUUUUUUGCUUGAACUGAUCGGUAGAGAUCAGUAGAUUCAGGAGAGGUCAGUAUCGCAACGUCGAUAGGUUGAUUUUACUGAAACUACUGAAUAACUGAAUGUAGAGAAUUUUUUGAAGAUUCUUCUGCAUAAUUAUUCAAUACGUGGUCGCAUUGAAAAAUUAAUUUCAACUGAACCUAGAGAGUGACGGAAACUCUGAAAAUAUAUGAAUUCUGGUCUUUUGCAUCUUAAUUGAAGUUCUUCGUCGUUGAUCUCAGAGCUCCGUGUCUUUUUAUUGAACAUAUAUUUUGCAACGGAAGUCUUUGAAUGAGACAAUUUUCUGAUUACUGUAUGGCCUAAAAAUGGAAUUGAGUUCAAUGUCAGCAAGCUCACCGUUGAGAUUCACGAGAUUGAGCUCACGAGGUUCACGUACGUUGGCUUUACUGCAAAAAAAAUGUAUUUUCGUUUAAUUUGUCGUGACAACUACAGGGCCCUAAUCAGAGGCUCGGAGAUAAUGUUCAUAUGUUCGUGACAUUUUAUGAACGCGAUGCAAUGCAUGCAAAUUACCAUGCUUAAAACUGGCAAGCUAUAAUUUGAACCACGCUUGGAUUGUUUUUCAACGUUUCUGUGUUCGAUGAUACAUGGCAUUGCAACGUGCGAUUGCACCGCUCCUGGUCAACUCACUUUGUCAAUCGUAUAUUUGUUACAGCAUAUCGCAUGCGCUUCUUGCAACUGACUUUCACAUACGAGUUAUUCUCGUGUCGUAUGGUUCAAUGUCGGUUCGUGCAGGUUCUAUAUCGGUUCCUACAGGUUCAUGUCGGUUCUUGAAAGAAAUUAGCGAGGAGAUGAGCGUGUGGGGGCCUCUUCUCGUGAGCUACGAAAGCGUCAGUGAUGUUAGUGCCUGCAAUGGACACCGUAUGCCUCUACUUCAGCGCCCUCUCUCUGUUCAUAUGUAAAUAAUUUUAUCCAUUAAAUGCUGUGAUAGCUCAUCACAAUGUUUUGUAUGUAAGAUUUUUAGUUGUUUUGUACAAUGAAUGUUGUAGGUUAGAGUAAAGUAUUCUACUA